AUGUCUGACUACGGCGGUGAUGAUGGCCACGAGCCCGAGAACUACGACUACGAGCCUAACGAGGAGGUCUUCGAUGACAAUGAGCCCGAGGACUUUCUCGACCAGGAGGGUAUGGAGGGUGAGGAGGGCGCCGAUGACUCGUACAACCCUGCUGUGAAUGGCGAAAAUGUUGUCGUCUCAGGAGAUCCCAACUCUGGCUACUCGGGCAAAGUCAUGGAACAGUCCCGCGAAAAGAAGGUCCCCAAUGACCAGCGUACUACCACCCCAUACUUGACCAAGUACGAGCGCGCGCGUGUCCUCGGUACCCGAGCUCUGCAAAUUAGUAUGAAUGCACCCGUACUUGUCGACCUUGAGGGCGAGACCGAUCCCCUGCAGAUCGCCAUGAAGGAAUUGAACCAGAAAAAGAUCCCUCUUAUCGUGCGGCGAUACCUGCCCGACGGAUGGUAUGAGGAUUGGUCUUGCGAGGAGCUUCUGUGA